GAUGGUUGGUUGGUUCGCUUUCCCCCCUAAUCUGGUUGAAUCGGGUUGUGUUCCGAGCAAUCUGAUCCAAUCCGAUGGGCGUUCUCCGGCGAGGUGGAUGCCGCCCGCCCGCCCCCUAGGUUAUGCGAGAUUUUCUAGGAAGUAGCCCUCGCCCCUUCGCCUUCUUCGGUGCUCAACACGUAGGGAUGAAUCGCGGCUAUCGGCUUCCCCGUUAGUCUGACCGAUCCCUCACCGGCAAAGGCUUUCGAGUAGGCCUCCCCGUGCGCACCACUGAUCCAUCGCUGAGGGGAUGGAUUUGGAUAGGUUAGUACGUUUGUUGGUGGUGAACUCUAAUCAAAAUAUUUUCGUCUUGCGUGGGUUCUCAUCUUGAGUUUUGGUGUGGGCUAUCUAAUCGAAAUAUUUUUUCUCUCCAGUCAUCCAGUUUGUUGAGGAUUCGUUUGAUGCGUGGUGGUUUUGUUCAUUUCGGAAGUUUUUUGGAAAUCGGCUUAAUCCCCAUGCCCCUACGUUAGUUCAUUGCAGGAGCAAAGCAGUAAAAAUGAACGAGCACCUCCGCUUUGAGGAUGGCUGGAAGAUCCUGGAACAGGGGAUUGUGAAAUGCUCAAAGCUUUUGGAGGAUUGCCCUGGUGGAAGGCCAACUGUGAAUGAGUACAUGAAUUACUAUGAGUAUGCUUCUAUCUUACCACUGCACAUUAUGCAUGUUCUCGGUUAUCCACAUGGUAUUAAAAACUUGCUGCUCAUCAUACAUUCCUCUAUGUUUUCCAGUUGCGCUUACCGGAUGGCUGUGCAGAAAGACCAGUAUUGUCAAGAGAUGUACAAUUCUUACAAAGCAACACAUGAAAGUUGCGUCUGUGCAAUGGUUUUACCCCAUCUGAUGCAUAAGCAAGGUGACUUAUUUUGGAGAGAGCUUGUGAAAAUGUGGUCAAACUAUUGUGCCAUGAUUAGAUUCACAACUGGCUUUUUGGCCUAUUUGGACCGCUGCUUUGUUACACAUAAGAAACUACCUUCGCUUGAAGACGCUGCUGCUACUUCUUUCUUUUCUCCAGUCUUUUCCUACUUCAAUAAUGAAAUAUCAGAUGUUCUACUGACUCUGAUUCGCCAAGAGCGUGAUGGAUGCAAUGUUGAUAUGGAUCUUUUGAUGGGUAUUAUGCGUGGCAUAUGUCGUUCUGAAGUCAAAACCAAGCUGAAAAGUGCUGUUAUUCAAGAUACAUACUUGUACUACUCCAGGAAAAGUUAUGAAUGGAUUGUGCAAUACCCUUUGCAAGAUUACCUUGCUAAGGUCCAGGAAACUGUGCAGAAGGAAAUGAAGAGACUGAUUCACUAUCUGUGUAUUUCUGAGGAAGAGGGUUCAGGCCUCUGUUUGAAGGCUGUUAGUGCUCCAUUGAUGCAAGCUUAUGAAAACUAUACGAAAGAGAAACAUAUUGGUGGUCAAGUUUUGCUUCAAACAUACAAGACUGUAGAGGAUGAUCUUCUGGACAGAUGCAGUCGCUUGACAAUUGACAAUGGCUUGGACAACAAUUCUUUCAGUCACAUGGAGUAGUAAGGUAGCAUUAGCUAACAUCUGCCUAUAAGCCAGGUUACAUAUAGAAGGGUUUUAGAACAUGGUCUACAUGAACGAGAACCUUUUGUGCAGCUAGGUUUUUGCGAUAGCUCGAAGCUGCCACGUAUAGAUCUUGUUGACCUAUCACUGAUCUCAUUGGCAAGAUUCAGUUAGAGUUCUAUGUGCACGCUA